AUCACAACGCCGCGCAGGCCACCCGCUAUUACCGCCUCCCCGCGCUCAAUUGGCCCUCACCCGGAGGUCCAAGGCCAACAAUGAGCGUCUGCCGCCCCGCAAGAUGUCUCUUCACCAAAGCAGCGUCGACGACGCUUCCUAAACCACCUCCGCAACGCACCUUCCACGCUUCCGCACCCAGACAAGCCCGCAAGAAGAGACCGCACUACCCGUCAAUAAAGGCCGACGACCUCAAGCUCCUCAACCAAGCGGCCGAAGCAGAGUAUCCCAAGUACGACACCUCGGAGACGACGCUGCUGGAGAAAAGAUACACACCCUCGCAAAUCGCCGCCAUCAAAGCCGCCGAAUCUACAAUCGACGCCCGAGAUGUCCUCACCCAGGGCCAGCGAAGAACGGACCCAUGGCGUAUGAACUACGAAGACGACCUGGCGCAAGUAGACCCCGUGACGGACCGACCUGAGCGCCUGACAGGCGACGACAUCGAAGGCCCAAAAACCUUCCGCAUCGCCAACGAAGUCGAGCGCGACGAGAACAUAACCCGCAUUGCCACGGAAAACCUCGCCAAGAUGUACCCCGAUGGCAUACCAGAAGACGACGAGAACCUACAGAAAGCCAUGGACGCAGCCGUCACACAAGCCACCCUGGACCCCCGCGCAACCUACACAUCCAAGAACCCCGCCGCUCUCCAAGCCCUAGGCGACGAACGCCACUCCGUGAUCGCGCCCGACCUUCCCCGCGUCGAAAAUCGCAUGGUCCGCCAAACCCGCCGUCUCUCGACCGAAGAAGAAGAGGACCCACGGCAAAAGCGCCUGCUGCAAUACCUAGGCUGGGACAAGCAGAAGCUGCGUCAAAUCCGCGUCAAGACACUGGUCACGCACAGCGUCACCAACCAGACUCGCAUGGGCAAGAUAAGAAGUCUGUACUACCUGACUAUUGCGGGCAACCAAGACGGCCUCCUCGGCGUCGGAGAAGGCAAAUCCGUAGAACCGGAAGAAGGCCGCAAGCAAAGCGUCAUGAGUGCGAUACGAAACAUGCGCCCGGUUCCUCGUUACGAGAACAGAACGACGUUUGGAGAUCUGGAGAAGAAGGUUGGUGCGACCAAGGUACAGAUUUUUGCGAGACCGCCUGGUUUCGGGCUUCGCGUUCAACAUCUCAUCUUCGAACUCGCUCGUGCAGCGGGCCUCCAGGAUUUGUCGGCCAAGACACCACGGUCGAGGAAUAAAAUGAACGUCAUCAAGGCGACGUGGGAAGCGCUUACGAAUCAGAGGUUACCGGAUGAGAUUGCGAGGGCGAGGGGGAAGAAGCUGGUGGAUGUGAGGAAGGUUUACUAUGGAGGAAGCAUACAUUAGAUGGCGUUGUAUGCCGGGUUGUGGGCAUGAAGAGAAGGGAAAGGAAAUAGAGAUGUAUCAUAGGCAUGGUAUGAGUGGGAAAUGCCCAUGUGGGGCCUGUGUAGAUAUCUUGUAUCAUAUCAUGUCAUCUUGCAUAUGCAUAUCUUCUUUUUGUUUUGCUCGUUGUGUUGAAGUAUCGGUCGGUCUUGCUCAUCUAGUGGGGUAUCAUAAUCGUCAAACGCUCUCAUCUCAGCACCCCCAUUUAACAUCAAACCUUCUCCCUCCUUGACCACUACCCCCGACUACUCAUCCUACUCAGCCCCUCCGUCUCCCCCU